AUGGUGAAAUAUGAAGCGGCAAGUGAAAAUGAUGAGGCAAUGAUUGCGGACAAGUUGUGUGUGAUAGAUGCAAUUCAACGAUUAGGCAUUGGAUAUCACUUUGAAACAGAGAUUGAAGAAGUCCUUGAAAAAGUGCAUGAUUUGGGAGAUGACUCAACGUUCCUUAAUAUUGAUGAGGAAGGUACUGAUCUACACCAUAUGGCUCUUCGAUUUCGACUUCUCAGACAACAAGGAUUUCGUGUUUCUCAAGAUGGGUUUGGAAAGUUAAAAAACAGUGAAGGAAAGUUCCAUGAAUGGUUGGCAAGGGAUGAGCAAGGACUGUUGAGCUUGUACGAGGCAGCACAUAUUGCAUUUAAUGGAGAAGAAAAACUAGAUGAAGCCCUAGAUUUUGCGACGAAGACCCUUAAAUCAAUGCUUCAGCACGAUAAGAUCAACCCUUCAUCCCAUAAGCAAAUCGACUUUGCCCUCCGAAUUCCCGCUUGGAAAUGUGUCCCAAGGUCACUUGCUAGGCACUCCAUAGAUAAUUUCUACUAUGAGGACUCUCUGCAGAAUCAAAAGCUUCUCAAGUUUGCAAAGUUGGACUUCAACAUGGUCCAAAAGAUCCAUCAAGAGGAGCUCUACGAACUCUCUGAGAUUAUAGCCACCAAGAUCUUGGCAGUGUUGUCAAUCCUGGACGACACUUACGAUAACUUGGCUACAUAUGAAGAGGCUCGAACCCUAACCGAAGCUAUUGAAAGGAUGGAUGUUUGCGCUCUUCAAGGACUACCUGACAGGAUGAAAAACAUUUACGAUGUCAUCUUUAUUCUGUACGAUGAAGUUGAGAGGGAAAUCGGAAAAAUAGGACCCACUUUUGCUAUGGAUUACAAUAGGGAAGAGCUCAAGAAAUUUUCCCGAGCCUACCUGGGUGAGGUUCGGUGGCGCACUGAAGGCCGAGUUCCGACGCUGGAAGAGUAUAUGACAGAAGGAUUUGUCACCAGCGGAAUGGCCAUAGUCACCGCAUGCGCUUUCAUUGGUAUGGGAGCAGAGAUCGCCAACAGGGAGGCUUUUGAAUGGCUGGCUAUGGACUCUAAAAUGAUGAGAGCUGGCUCUGUCAUUGCUAGGGUUCAAAAUGACAUUUUGUCUCACAAGUUUGAACAAGAGAGGGGUCAUGCCGCUUCCUCUGUCGAAUGUUACAUGAAGGAGUAUGGGGUGUCGGAGGAAGAAGCGGUUGAAUGUUUAUGGAAGAUGAUUUCUGAAUGUUGGAAAGAUAUUGCUGAAGUGUAUCAGAGGCCAACUCCGUUGCCGGUAGUUCUCCUCGACCGCUUCCUCCACUUGACAAGUUCCGUCAAUUUGUUUUACGACACCGAUGAUCGCUACACCAAAUCCCACCUCCUGAAGGAUCACCUCGCUUCGUUGUUCAUCGAUCCCGUGCCUCUUUGA